AAUUAGCUGUCACGCCUGAACCUUCGAGUUUGAGCUUUGAGCCUGGACCGAAACCCCUGCAACAUCUCAUCCUCAACGCCUGUGUUUUCCACGCCUCCGCGCACCGUUGUGUUUUUCACGGACCAUAAUACUCUUUACGCUACUUGGAUGCGCGGGCGUUGCUGCUUGUGAUAGUUGACUUUCCAUUUCGCAUCGCCAGGUCGCGCUCGCUAAGCAAUCCGCGUUCUGUCGCCUGGAAAAUGCUUUCCAUGCAAGGCGACCGGCAAGUGACUGCGCGCUGUGGUCGCGGCGCCGAGUUCAAAGCGUUGCCAGCAGCCCUAGCAGCAGUGUGUGGCGCCCGCACCUCCCACGCUCCCGCAUGUGGCGCGAGGGCCGGCGUGCCCCUGACCGCCCCCGCUGCUGGCCCCUGGGUGCUCCGGCACAACAACAGGACUAACGGCGUGCGCGCGCGCCGGGUUGUAACAGCCGCUGCCGACAACGGCGGCAACGGGGCCAGCUGGCGCGAUGCCGCCGGCAGCGGUGCCGGCGGGGCCGCCGCAUCGCGUGCGGACCUGACCGCCUCACUGCUGUCGGCGCUGGCGGCCCAGUUCCAACGGGACUCGCUGCCCUGGAUCCAGGAUCUGGUGGUGCCGCUGCUGCAGGGGCCCCCGCAGCCGCUGGCGGACACGGUUUCCCCCGAAGUCCUGGCGGACCCCGACAGCCGCUUUGUGGACGUGGCGGGCGUACGGCUGCACGUGAAGAGCCGCCGCGGGUACGGCGGCGCCCCGGGGCAGCGGCAGGCAGUAGCAGCAGCAGCAGUAGCAGCAGCAGCGGCACCGGCACCGGCAGUAGCAGCAGCAGGUGCAGUAGCAGCAGCAGGAGAGUCGGCGGGGCUCACGGUGGGAGGUGAUGGGGGAAAUGACAACGACGCCCCGACGGCGACAGAGGCGGUGGAGGGUGGUGGUGCUGGCCCCCUGCCUCCGGUGCUGCUUCUGAUGCACGGACUCAACGGCUCCACCUUCAGCUGGCGGCUUCAGCUCGACGCGCUGUCCACGCGUGUGAGCCCCCGCACGGGCGGCUGCGACGUGGUCGCCUACGACCGCCCGCCCUACGGCCUCAGCGCCCGGCCUCUGGGGGGCUGGCAGGAGGGCGACCAGGCGGGCAAUCCGUACACGCUGGCCGGCGGCGCCAAGCUGGCUGCGGGGCUGUUGGAUGUGGUGAUGAGGGCGCAGGAGGCGGCUGCGGCGGCGGCGGCGGGUAGUGGUGUUGGUGGCGGCAGUAGCAGCGGUGGCGGGCGGCAGCAGCAGCAGCAGCGGGCGGUGCUGGUGGGGCACUCCGCGGGCGCGGCGGUGGCGGUGGAGACUGCUCUCAGGUACCCGGAACUGGUCAGCGGUCUGGUUCUCAUUGCGCCGGCCGUCUCUGUGGACCCCAAGGGUUUCCUGGCUCGUGCGGACCUUGGACAGCUCCUGCGCUUCGGCCUCACACGGGCCCUGAUCGCGGGGGACGACACCGGGGUCAAUUACGUUCGCCGCCAGGUGCUCAAGCGCAAGUCGGAGGUGGAGCAGGGCCGACUGGGCAUCUACACGGAUGAGCGGGAGGUGCCGCAGGAGGUGAUCGACGGCUUCCUACUGCCGCUGCGGGCGCACGACUGGGACCGCGGCACACUGGCGGUCUACCGCUCGCUGCAGGUGGCGGGUGCGCCGCAGCCGCUGCAGCAGCUGCAUGUGCCGGUGCUCAUCAUCCAGGGCCGGCAGGACGCGGCGGUGCCGCUGGCGGCGGCGGAGGCGGUGGCGGAGGCGCUGCGGGCGCGGCCCGCUGUUGGCGGCCAUGCGCCCGCUACCGAGCUGGUGGUGCUGGACAGCUGCGGACACGUGCCCAUGGACGAGCAGCCGGACCAGGUGCUGGCGCUGACCGCCGACUUCAUCAACCGCCACUGCACGGCAGCUGCACCCGCCGCCGCCGCCGCCGCAGCAGCAGCAGCAGGGGGAGCUGACGCUGCAGGAGCUGACGCGGCAGGCGCGGCAGCGGAUGAGUGGCCCUUGGAUGGGGAGGGCCGGCCCGCGCGGCAUCGGCACCGGCCGCAGCAGCUGCUGGAGGCGGCAUCGGUGAUGGAGGAGGCGAACUGACAAGUGACAAUUGGCAGCCCGUGUGCGCGACUGGGCGUAGCUAGCUAGCUUGUGAGGGGGAGGGAGGGCGUUUGCAAACGCGCCAAGUGUGAAUACGUGAUGCAUGUAGGUCGGUGAUGUUUGGUGCAGGUCGGUACCGGCGCGUGCGGUGUGCAUGGUGGUUGGAGUUGGUCUGGUGGUCUGGUAGGGGUUUGCUUGUUGACGGCUGGCUUUGAGCCGGCGAGCAGCUCUUGGUUGCUGCUCACCGACCCUGCCUCAGAGAGGCACGAGCUUGUACGGUAAUAUUGUGUGAAUGCGAUACUGCACGAAGGGACCACCCGGCGGUGUCAAGUGCUUUGCCAUGGUUGACAUGGCAAACAGAGCCUGUUUGGGCGUAUCUAAGUCAGUAAUUGCAGCAGCAGCAAGGCAUCACGGAACGGCAGAGAAUGCAUUUACCGGUGCUUCGGGGGUCCUGUAAUUGCGAAUGGGGCCUCUGCUGGCGUGCGUUGGCAGGUGUGCGGUGGCUUGGUUGGCACGGUUUGAUGGCAUGGGAGAGGUGGGCAGUGCAGCACUGCACAUGCACGCUAGGAAAUGGAUUGCGCGGGCGGCACAGGUUAGCAUCAGGCACGGCCCACAUGGGGUGACGUGCAUGAGGGCGGUGGCGCUACCCAGGCACUACAACGCCGAGCAAGUAACAUAACCGCCGCCCUUCAUGGCACAUGCCGCACGUGCUGCUUUCGUAACCCCAGCCCCUGUC